AAACUGUUUCCAACGCCACUGACGUGUGAGAUCUGUUGGAGCAUUGAUCAUUCGCUCCUUUUUCCUCUACUAGUGUACACACAAAGUCGUCGCCAAUUGUGUUGCGUGUGUGCCGAGUGUGUUGGAUGGGGAAAUCGCCUCCACCGCCGGAUGAGGAGGAGCGACAAACACUCGUGAGCGAUGCGUCCGAGUUGAGGCAGUACGGAUCCGCACCACCACCACCAAUCCAUUCGUCGACAACAGGUCGAAAUCGGAUGCGCUCGGGCGAAAGCGACGCCACCGGACACGACGUCAAGACGAUCCAGCAUCAAAUGAGUGGAAUGAACACGGUCCUAAUAACUGCCGGCCAACCAAUGGGCACCGACCGGAAGUCGUUGGCAGCUGCCACAGCAUCGCGACACAAAGAAAUGGAAGAAGAGCCUCAAGACUUUGAAUCGAUCGUCAAAAUCCGCUUGUUUCUCGCAACGGCAGCCCUUUGGCUCCUUUGGCUCCUAGUUUACGUCAUCCUCUCCCACUGGCGCCUUAUUUGAGACACAUCAAAACAUACCCCACGAUCCGCACCACAAAUUCCGGCGCCAUUCACGCGCACAUCCUUUCGGGCUCCAACAAUCGAAAGGAUCAAAAUCGAAAUUUUUAUCUUUUUGAAAUUUUUGAAAUUUUUGAAAUUUUUGUAUUUUGUCAUGUGCGGAGAAAAUUUCUUUUUUGGGAUAAAAAGAUGAAAGUGACAAAGCAGGAAAAAAUGUGGUGGCAAUAAUAUAACCGACAGUAGAGACAAGAGCCAAUGACUAGUCCAACACACACACCAAUAAAAGAAGGAAAUCAUUUUUUUGGCGGGAAUUUCAAACAAGAAA